AUGGCUGAGGCGCUGCGGCUGGAGAUCGCGCCGUUGGGCGUUGCAGUGCUCUGCGUUGUGACUGGGGCUGUCAAGACGCUGGGACAAACGUACUUUGAAGACUCGAAGCUGCCGGAUGGAUCGAUGUCCAAGGAUAUUGAAGGUACGAUCAAGGCCCGGGCACAGGGGAAUGCCGAGGAUGGAUCUGCAGGAGUAUGCGGACACGGUUGUGCAGAAGAUUUCGCAGAGGAAGACUGGCAAGAUAAGGGUUGGUGA